AUGGCCACCUUCUACGCUAUGCAGCUGCGAGACGCCAACAAGACAAUUGAAUCCCUUUGCAACAAAAUCAACCGCUUGCGUAUGGGUGAUCAGGCCAAAUCUAACGAACUCAAAGAGAAGAUGACCGAGCUCCGAAUUGAAAAUCAAUCACUCAAGUCCAAGAUUGAGCUCAUGCAUAUGAUGUCUUCUAAUCAUCUUUUCAGCUCCCAGCCAGUUCCUUUCAGCCGCAUGAACUAUCAAGGAAGCAAUGUCCAUAAUGGUUUACCCACUGCAAGCUCCUCCACUAGUCACUCAAUGAAUGAACUUGACCCAACUCUCUGA